CCGCCACCGCCUCGCAGAGCCUCCUCCCAGCCGUGCCUGCUUGGCAUGAGUCUGGGGGAGGGGGACUUUCCCCAGUUUGCCAGCUCAUCCCCUUAACCUUACGGCAACCUCAUGGCUGAGCUGUGGUUCCCUUCUCUGAAAAGAGGGAGGGAGAGUCCAGGGGAAUCAGGCUUCCCCGGGUAAUUCCAGUACCAGGAGGUGUCAGCUGAGCAGGCUGUGGGCAACUGAGGGUGCAGAGAGACCCCAUGUCUCCAAAAUAAACCCUCUCAGCCUGGCCUCCAGUGUUUCCUGGUGCGGGUCACCGGUCAGGCGGGGAAGGCAGCAAGUGUGGCACAUUUCAGGGGGAACUGGUGGAUUUCCCGUGUCACUUUCAGAAGCAAAGUGGGGAGGUGAGGCUGGGUGAAACUGAGGGGGCCCUGUGAUCCAGCAGGUGGGCACCCACCUUACCAUGGCCUGCAGCUGGCAGCAGCUUGCUGUCAGACUGGGAGCAGACGCGUUGAGACACUGCUGAGGUUUGCUUGGGCUUUGGUAUGGGCAGUGUUUCCAUUAGUGACUUGGAUGUACUUGUGUCACACCAUCAGAGCAUGUAUGCUGUGCUACAAGGGCUUGUCUGAAUGCAGGAGGGUUGGAGCUGUGAAAGUUAACUCAGUAAAACCAAGUACCGCAGGCUAUGCUCGAUGUCCCAGAUCAGCAGGGUGCUUGCGUGCACGAUGCAGGAGGUGGGGUGGCCUUGUCUGAGUAUGGUUUUGGAUGCCAUGCACCAGAAAGGAGCCACCGUUUAGAAGAAACUUCAGGAGGUGUUUGGAGAGUGUGACCUGUAAAGGACAGCCAGAGGGACUGGAUUCCUUUCAGAGAAGAGAAAGGGAAGCUUUCACAUCUGUUAACACUUGCACGUAUCUCAGGUCUGUCCUGGUACAAAAGGAUUUUCGGCCUUUCCUACCUUCCUCCCCAUAGAUGAGAAGUAAGGGAGCCUUAGCAGAGAUACUGGGGAAGAAGUUCCUCUGCAGCAGGUCUAGUGGCACAGGGGCAGGUUUCAUGAGGAGCUGGCUGAGCCGCCUCCAGGGCAGAGGGGGACGAUGUGCAAGUGCUGCAGCUCAUCUGACCUGGAUCUUCAGGGGCUGCUGAACUGUCAUGGGGAACACCACCAGUGAGCGAGUGUCUGGGGAGCGCCAUGGCUCCAAGUCCCACCGCUCAGAUGGCUCCGGUGCUCCCCACCCUGCCAAGGAGCACCCGCACAAGAUCAUGGUGGGCAGCACCGAUGACCCCAGUGUUUUCAGCUCCCACGACUCCAAGAUUCCUGGGGACAAGGAGUUUGUGUCAUGGCAGCCAGAUCUGGAGGAGUCAGUGAAACCAUCCCAACAGGCUCGUCCCACUGUCAUCCGCUGGGCUGAUGGAGGCAAAGAAGUCUUCAUCUCUGGAUCUUUCAACAACUGGAGCACCAAGAUCCCGCUCAUCAAGAGCCACAACGACUUUGUCGCUAUCCUGGACCUCCCAGAAGGAGAGCACCAGUACAAAUUUUUUGUGGAUGGCCAGUGGGUCCAUGACCCAUCUGAGCCUGUGGUCACCAGCCAGAUGGGGACGAUUAACAACCUGAUUCACGUCAAAAAGUCUGACUUCGAGGUGUUCGAUGCUUUGAAGGUGGAUUCCCUGGAGAGCUCAGAAACCUCAGGUCGGGACUUAUCAAGCUCACCACCUGGUCCUUACGGCCAAGAGAUGUAUGUAUACCGGCCCGAGGAGCGCUUCAAAUCCCCACCCAUCCUCCCGCCUCACCUCCUCCAGGUCAUCCUCAACAAGGACACCAAUAUCUCGUGUGACCCAGCACUGCUGCCUGAACCCAACCACGUCAUGCUCAAUCACCUCUACGCACUCUCCAUCAAGGAUGGCGUGAUGGUGCUCAGCGCCACGCACCGCUACAAGAAGAAGUACGUCACCACGCUGCUGUACAAACCCAUCUGAGCCAGGGCCUCGCCCGCCCCCCCCACAGGACAUGAAACGCCGCUUUGUCUGCACACACUGGGCCACAGGACUGUGUGAGAACUGGCCACUGGCUCCAGCCUCGAACCUGGCAGGGACACAGGCCCCGACGAUGAGCCCAAGGCUGCUGGGGCCUGUGACACUGUCCCAUCCUACUGGUGUGGUUUGAUUUCACCCUUGGUUUCCGCCCACCUACAGCUCCCCUUGGCUUCUGUGAGCCUCUGGGGCCACUUUGUUUGCUGCUCACCAGAAUAGCCUUUCCUUGCGCCCAAUACGGAAGGGCUUCACCCUACCCGUCUUCUCCAGCCUGCAAGGGCCCUGAGGCAGUCCUGGCACUGCCCCCAGCCCAGGCCUCCAGGAACGUGUCCUACCUGCUGAAGGUUUCUGUGCUGUCCUGGUAAUGAGCCUCCGAGGCCACCGUGAUCCCUAGGGACUCUGGGACACCACAGCCUACACCCGGUCCCGCAGCCCGAAGUGUGGGGCUGCCACCCCUCCUUGUUCUCCCCAGCUUCGGGGAGGGCUCUCAGCUCUGGCUGCAGCCCCAGCCCUCUGCCAGGUUCAGCGUCGAGCCAACGGGAGGGAGGGUACAGCUGGACGCAGCCGCGCUUACCUGCCGCCGGGACAGCACCGUCAAGGACUGAAUGCCUGCCCCGUCCCCAACAUGGAGCGUGUCUGUGGGGCAGGGCUGACCAUCGC